ACCUCACUUUUCAGAAGCUCGCAGGAGUGCGAAGAUGGCGGUUGGCCCCAGUCUGCUGGAUGAACUCUUUUCACAGACCGGGCUGAAUAAAACGAUAGUUUGCCAUCAACCACGGUCUGUACAGUCACAGCUGUCCUUGUCUAACAGCAACCAUUUAGGUAGGCGCGAGGCAGCCAUUAAUUACAUGGUUAAAGUUCCGGGACGGGGGGGUAGCUCGAGCUAAUGUCCAGCUGGGACUUGGUCAAGACGGUUGCUAAAGCAGGUACGCUGUAACUACUAAUGUUGUUUUCCUUAUUUGUUCUCUGCGAACAAACGAGAAGUAAGCGCCGGAGUUGGCAGGGGGGGGAAGCAGCAGACGUGCAGUAGUCUACCCCAUCACAUUUGAGCGUGUGUUGCUCCCUGUUAAAACUAGUUGAAGUGCAGAGGAGGAGGGGGGGUCUCCCAAUGUUUCAGCUAUGGACGCAUCGACGGCCAGCACCGACACCAAAACGGGACAAAAGCCGGGAAAACCACCUGUUGUCGGUGACGGUGUAAGUUUCCCCCUUAAUUACCCGGGGAAAGUGGGCACGUACUCGGCGCAGACUUUUAAUGGGAGCCAAACUAUGAACGCUCACAAUUCAGGAAGCGUUGCCCCUCUGGAGGGGGCGACGGCGACAAGUGUCACUGGUAACAACAGCAGCGGCAGCACGGUGAUAGCAGCCGCGGCUCUAGGCACCGGAACAGCGCUGUCGUCAAAACGACCGAGCGGCUCCUCGUUGCCCCCCUCGUCAAACAGCGUCAUUCAGACGCCACCCGUGAACGCAGACGGUGGUCCUGGCGCGAGCCAGGCAGCGGGACCCACCGUGACCCUUGUCAGGCCGCCUAUGCGAACGGCGGGCUCGGGCACAACUUUGAACGGGAGCAAUACCGCGAGCCCCGUCGUGGCGGCUAACGCAACAAACCAGACGGGCGCCGGUACGCAGAAUCCGCCGGUGAACCACGGUCCGCCCGGCACCUGUGCGCCCCUCAGCGCAGGUCCGCACAUCAUUAAAGCAGAGCCACCCGCAGCCAUCAUCCCGCCAGCUCCGCAGCCUGCCGCCAGCCCCGGCUUCAUCAACGCCCCCAGACCCCCUGGUGCGCCCGGGAUGGCGCCCCAGAUGCUGGCUCCGAGGCUCCCGCAGACCUCUCCGGGACAGCCCAGCGUGCACAACAUCCAGCUUCCCCCCGGUAUGGUGCUUGUGCGCAGCGAGAGCGGGCAGCUGUUGAUGAUUCCUCAGCAGGCUCUGGCCCAGAUGCAGGCACAGGCACAGGGAGGCAUGGCCCCUCGGACAGCCAUGCCGGCGAGCGUGUCUGCAGGCCAGGCACCUGGGACCACAAUUGUCAGCAGACAAGUAUCUCAGAGCACCAUCAUCCGACCAGGCUGUCCGGCCCCGGCGUCCCUCGCUGCGACCACUGCUCUUCACAGACCUUCUAUCCUGCCGACCUCCGUUGGGACCACAGUACCAGGAAUGGCCCCUAGAACGUUUACUCCCACAGCGGGGACCACAGUUACCUCAGUAACCGUGAGCAAAGAGACGAUGGAGAAUGUAAAGAAAUGCAAGAACUUCCUGUCUACACUGAUCAAGCUGGCAUCCAGUGGGAAACAGUCCACAGAGACUGCAGCCACUGUGAGUAACCUGGUCAAAGAGCUGCUGGAAGGCACACUGGAGGCUGAAGAAUUCACCAGCAGACUGUACAAAGAGCUAAAUUCAUCCCCCCAACCAUACCUUGUGCCUUUUCUCAAGAGAAGCCUCCCAGCCUUGAGGCAGCUCACCCCAGACUCAGCCGCUUUCAUCCAGCAGAGUCAGCUUCCUCAGCCAGCCUCCGUUGCCGUCUCCUCCGCCUCUGCCACCUCCACCACAGUGGUUCUGGCCAGCCCGGCUCCCCGUCUCACUGCUCCAGGCAGCAGGCCCCAACUUCAGCCAACAGUUACCCAAGGACACACAACGUCACUGGUUCUUCAGCCUCAGCAGCAAAGAGCAAUUUUGAGACCUCAGGUAACUUUACCCGCCGCCACGGGCCUGAUGGCUCUGCGGAAUCAAGCCCCGGGUCGCAUCGUGGUGGGACAACAUCAGCUGCAACCAGUUCCACUGAGACCUGAGGGGACACUCGUUUCUAAACCAGUCUCCGCUGUCGCCUUGACGCAGGCACAGAAGAAUAAGCUAAAAGAGGCGGGGGGCAACUUCAACAGAGAUGACGACGACAUCAACGACGUGGCCUCCAUGGCGGGAGUAAACCUGUCAGAGGAGAGCGCCAACAUCCUCGCCACUAACUCUGGACUCGUGGGCGCCGUGACGCAUUCCUGUAAGGACGAGGCUUUUCUCUCCUGCGCCGCGCUGCAGAGGAGAGCGCUGGAGAUAGGCGCGAGGCACGGCGUGACGGAGCUGGGCGCGGAGGUGGUGAAUUACAUCUCCCAUGCCACGCAGCAGCGACUUCUCAACUUACUUGAAAAGGUCUCCCUAGUAGCCCAGCAGAAGAACGUCAACUUCAAGCAGGAGGAUGACGGCUACGAGCAGAGCAGCGACGUUCGAGCCCAGCUGAGGUUCUUCGAGCAGCUCGACCAGUUGGAGAAACAGCGGAAAGAAGAGCAGGAGAGGGAGAUCCUGCUGAAGGCAGCUAAGUCUCGAGCUCGGCAGGAGGAUCCAGAGCAGCUGCGUCUGAAACAGAAGGCAAAAGAGAUGCAGCAGCAGGAGCUGGCUCAGAUGAGACAGAGGGAGGCCAACCUGACCGCUUUGGCAGCCAUUGGCCCCAGGAAAAAAAGGAAGAACCUGGACUCUCCAUCCUCAUCUGCUUCUGCUGAGGGAUCCGGAACGGGCUCCUCUCUGCCCGGCGCCGCUGGUCCAUCGGGCUCCAGACCCACGCGGCAGCGCAUCACACGCGUCAAUCUCAGGGACCUGCUGUUCUGCCUGGAGAAUGAGAGAUUCACCAGUCACUCUCAUUUCCUCUACAAGGGCUUUCUCAAAUAGGCUUGAUGUUGGGGAGAGAGAGAGAGAGGAGAAAAGAGAGCAACGUACGUGGAGAGACCAGACGCUCCCACUGGAAAGGACUUUUUUUUUUUUUUUUUUUUUUUAGGUAAAAAGGAGGAGAUAAAGGCUCUUUAAAUCCACCUGCUAUUAUAAAAUACAAUCGUAGCCAUACUGGAAGGCCUCUCUACCUCCCUCCUCUUCUCCUUUCAGCGCAGUCAUCGACUAAUGCCCCUUUAUUCACCCCGCAAAACCUCUUUUUCAAGAUGGUGCAACAAUGAAUCCCGUUGUAUGAAGAAGUUCUUAUUUUGUGUGAACAAAAUAUAUAAUGUACACUUGUGCACUGUAUGAUAGUUUGGUUGGUUUUCUGAAUAGUUGUAUGCAAUUUAGGCUUUAAAACUAUGGAAAUCCCUUGUUUUAUUAGACAUUAGUUUUAUUGUUGAUUUUUUUUUUUUUUUUU